AACGUCUGAUUGUAAUUAAAAAGGUCAAAAUUGGAGUGCGUAAAGAAAAUUCAAAGUAUGCAAGAUUCUUAAUCAAUUGAUCUAAGUUGAGAAACGUAGUUUUCUUGAUCCUUUUAUGUUAUUUAUAUGUUGUUGAAAAGUUUUAGAGUGAAAAUUCAGUGGCGGCUACGGCCAGGAAGUAGUAGGAAGCAACAUUAAUACUAACGAACACCAAAAACAGUAGUCAAUGUCGUGUUUGAUUUCAAAACUGCAAUCCAACACAUUAAAUAUCUAUUCUCAUUAUCAAUCAAAACAGCUUAAUUAUUCUACAAAUUGCAACAAGUAUACAUGGAGCAGCCAAAGCCAAACUGCUCGGGCACUGCCACGGCGCAAGCACCGGCGGAGAAGGGAUUUUCCGGUUUCGUGGUGGAUUUCGCGAUGGGCGGAGUGUCGGCAGCGGUGUCGAAGUCCGCUGCAGCGCCAAUCGAGCGCGUGAAGCUCAUGAUACAAAACCAAGAUGAACUUAUCAAGAGUGGUAGGCUGUCUCGGCCGUACAAAGGAAUCGGUGAGUGUUUCAAGAGAACAAUGAACGAGGAAGGAUUUGCUUCCUUUUGGAGAGGAAACGGCACUAACGUGCUUCGUUACUUCCCCACUCAGGCUUUCAAUUUCGCAUUCAAGGAUUACUUCAAGAGCCUUUUCAAUUUCAAGAAAGAGAGAGACGGGUACUGGAAAUGGUUUGGCGGGAACCUGGCCUCCGGUGGGGCAGCCGGCGCUUCAUCUCAGGUGAUUGUUUACUCUCUUGACUAUGCUCGCACUCGCCUCUCCAACGAUGCCAAAUCCGUCACCAAAGGAGGCCAAAGACAAUUCAACGGAUUGUUCGACGUCUACCGCAAGACCUUAGCAUCUGAUGGUGUCCCUGGGCUGUAUCGAGGAUUCAACAUAUCGCUCCUCGGCAUCAUCGUCUACCGCGGCCUCUAUUUCGGAAUGUACGAUUCUUUGAAGCCCCUCGUGCUAACUGCAGAUCUGCAGGAUUCAUUCUUGGCUAGCUUCGGGCUGGGUUGGGUUGUGACCAACGGCGCUGGGCUUGCGGCGUAUCCAAUCGACACUAUAAGGAGAAGGAUGAUGAUGACUUCGGGUGAAGCGGUAAAAUAUAAAAGCUCGUUGGAUGCGUUUACUCAAAUAGUGAAGAAUGAGGGUGCCAAAUCUUUGUUUAAGGGGGGCGGCGCCAACAUUCUACGCGCCGUCGCCGGGGCUGGUGUGCUCGCCGGCUAUGAUAAGUUGCAGUUACUCGUUUUUGGGUCCGCUGCUUCUUGAUUUAAUAUCAUGUUUCUUUAUUUUUCACUUUCA